UGUGUGUGUGUGUGUGUGUGUGUGUGUGUGUGUGUGUGUGUGUGUGUGUGUGUGUCAGUAACGGGUUGGCAAGCACAGGGCAAGGACGUUUCAGCAGGAGUGAGGAUUUCCAGGUAACGAUUCCAGGUAAAUCCAGGUGAGCAGGUUCGUGGAAUUCCCAACACCACUCAGGGGCAAACAAACGGUUCUGGUAUUAAAGGAAAUGGUAUGUUUUUGUUUUCACUUUUCUUGGAGUUUGUAUUCGGUGUUCAUUUACUGGUGUGUAUUUUUUGAGUGUUUUUUCUUGCACUAUGUUUGUUUUCGUAGUUUUCGUGAUGGUGGUAGUGGUUGAGUGCGUGUGUGUGUGUGUGUGUCCAGUCUGGCUUUACAACUUAACAAAAAGCGUUCAAAUAUGUACAUCCACUUCAUUCAGCAUUUGUUAUUGACUUCUUGCAGGUACAGUUAGCCAUCUUUAUCUUUAAACAUUAUCAUUAUUUUCUAUUUCCAUCUUUGUGCUCCAGAGAUUCCUUCCCUGCUGCGGGUGAUGCAAGGAACGGUGCGGGUGGCGCUGGUGGCGGUGGUGGUGGUGACUCUCGAUUACCAUUGUACCGCAGCCACUGAUUCCAAGAUGCCGGCGCCGUGGGGCUGGCGGUGCGAGGACGGGCGCUGCGUGAAGCACGCGGCGGCGGGCGGCUCGGACCUGGUGCCCCUCAACCAGUGCAAGCUGACGUGCGGGGGCGCGGGCGUGCUGUGGCCGCUGCCCACCUCGGCCUCCGUGGGGCGUCGCGUGUCCCUGUUCCUGCCGCACAACGCUGCCCUCAGGCCCAUGUGCCCCGCGCAGGUGUGUCCGUUGCUGCAGGAGGCCUUCUUGGUGUUCCACGACGCCCUGCAGCGCUAUCACCCGGACUACACCAGCGGGGAGGCGCCGUGGGUGGGUCCCUGGGACGCCGCCACCGAGGCGCACGCGCUGGUGGUGGCAGUGACGGUGGAGGGCGCGCAGGCGCACCUCACGCUGAACACGGACGAGUCGUACAGCCUGUCCGUGAACACGUCCGCCGACGGCGCCGUCACCACGGCCACCAUUGUGGCGCCCACCUUCUUCGGGGCGCGCCACGCCCUCGAGACGCUCGCGCAGCUGGUGGACUACCACGAGACGCGCGACGCGCUCAUGGUGGUGCAGACGGCGGCGGUGACGGACGCGCCGGCGUUCGCGUACCGCGGGCUGUUGGUGGACACCUCGCGUAACUUCGUGACGGUGGCGGCGCUGCGGCGCACGGUGGACGCGAUGGCUGCCAGCAAGCUGAACACCCUGCACUGGCACAUCACGGACUCCCACUCCUUCCCGCUGGCCCUGCACUCCCUCCCAAACAUGGCCUACUACGGCGCCUACUCCGCCAGGCAGGUGUACACGCCGGCGCAGGUGCGCGACCUGGUGCAGUACGCGCGCGUGCGCGGCGUGCGUGUGCUGCCCGAGCUGGACGCUCCCGCACACGUGGGCAAUGGCUGGCAGUGGGCCGAGGAGGAAGGACUGGGCCGACUUGCAGUGUGCGUCAACCAGGCGCCCUUCCUGCAGUACUGCCUGCAGCCUCCCUGCGGCCAGCUCAACAUCGCCAACCCCGCCACCUACCGCGUGCUGGGGCAGAUAUACGAGGAGCUGCUGGACAUCUUCGCCCCCGUGGAGAUAUUCCACUUCGGCGGCGACGAGGUGAACCUGAACUGCUGGAACUCGACGCAGGAGAUCAACUCUUGGAUGACUGCGAACGGCCACGGCGUGGACGAGGAGGCGUACUACAGGCAGUGGGCGGUGUUCCAGGGGAAGGCGCUGCAGCUGCUGCAGAAAGCUGCCAAGGGGCGGAAGGUGGAGGGAGUUCUGUGGACCUCGGAGCUGACCAAGCCUGGCAGACUGAAUCUGUCCCACAACUCCUCGCAGUACAUCAUCCAGAUCUGGAGCACGCAGGACGACCCGGUCAUCGGGGAGAUGCUCGCCAUGGGGCACAGGGUCGUCUUCAGCAACCGCGAUGCCUGGUACCUCGACUGCGGCGUGGGAAACUUUUGGUGCGGGGCGUACAAGGGCUGGCAGAAGGUGUAUGACAACAACCCACAUAGCAUUGCCCAGCAAGCCACGGGUUCCACUCACGCCGACCUCAUCCUGGGAGGAGAGGUGGCCAUGUGGAUGGAGUUUGCGGAUGACAACAACAUGGACGCCAAGGAAGGCGUGAGGCGCCGAGGGCCAGCAGGAACAAAGCCCCGAGGGACAGCUUCCUUUUUACCGCCACCGAGUUAGGGUGUUACU